UCUGCCUUUCAGCCCUGGCUGGCACUUAGCUCAGACGAAACACACCGAGCACAAGUAAUGGAGUGUGUAAUAGUAACGGCUCAGCAUAAAUUAGGAGGAGAGACUUAAUCACAGCACGCGUACUGUGUCCGAUAGAACUUCCUUGCCUCCAGGGAGAGUAUGGACAAAUGCAGCUCCUUUACUUAAUGUCAUUUCCGCUUUAUAGCUACAAUAAGAAAGAUGAUCUGGAGUCUUUUUGUGUGUGUGUAUGUCCACAAGUAACAAUGUCUUUCUCUGGAGUUUCUCUUUUUAAUGACGGCUCUGACCCUUUCACUUCCUCUACAGGCAGACAGACAGUCUCAUGGGCCACAGCAGCAGGACUCCAGCCCAGUGGAGAUGUUCAGAAAGAGACCUCCUCCAGAGGAGGAGAGGAAGGUCAAAGCCAAUGACAGAGAAUACAAUGAAAAGUUUCAGUAUGCGAGUAACUGCAUCGUGACAUCAAAGUAUAACAUCAUCACCUUUCUGCCUGUAAACCUGUUUGAACAGUUCCAGGAAGUAGCCAAUACCUACUUCCUUUUUCUGCUAAUAUUGCAGCUGAUACCUCAGAUCUCCUCCCUUUCUUGGUUCACUACCAUCGUGCCUUUGGCUCUGGUCCUGAGCAUCACAGCAGUAAAGGAUGCCACAGAUGACUAUUUUCGCCAUAAGAGUGACAACCAGGUGAACAAUCGUCAGUCUCAGGUUCUAAUCCGAGGCUCGCUGCAGAAUGAAAAGUGGAUGAAUGUUCGAGUGGGCGAUAUUAUUAAACUGGAAAACAACCAGUUUGUGGCAGCUGAUGUGCUCUUGUUGUCGACUAGUGAACCUCACGGGUUGUGUUACAUCGAGACAGCAGAGCUAGAUGGAGAGACAAACAUGAAGGUGCGUCAGUCCAUCUCGGUGACAGCUGAAUUGUGUGACCCAAACCACUUGGCUUCGUUUGACGGUGAAGUGAUGUGUGAACCCCCCAACAACAAGUUAGAUCGAUUUUGUGGGACGCUUUACUGGAGGGAGAAGAAAUACCCCCUGACCAACCAGAACAUGCUGCUGCGAGGGUGCGUCCUGCGCAACACGGAGGCCUGCUAUGGCCUGGUUAUUUUUGCAGGUCCAGAUACCAAACUGAUGCAGAACAGCGGUCGCACAAAGUUCAAACGCACAAGCAUCGACCGCCUGAUGAACACUCUGGUCCUCUGGAUCUUUGGCUUUCUGGUGUGCAUGGGGGGGAUCCUGGCUGUCGGUAACGCAAUAUGGGAGAAAGAAGUGGGCUUCAUGUUUCAAAGCUUCCUGCCCUGGGAUCCUCCUGUGGACAACUUCCUGUUCUCAGCCUUCCUCUCUUUCUGGUCCUACGUCAUUAUUUUGAACACAGUGGUGCCCAUCUCUCUUUACGUCAGCGUGGAAGUGAUCAGGCUGGGUCACAGCUACUUCAUCAACUGGGACCAGCAGAUGUUCUGCUCACAGUGCAACACGGCAGCUGAGGCCCGAACCACCACACUGAAUGAGGAACUGGGCCAGGUAGAAUACAUCUUCAGUGAUAAAACUGGGACUCUGACUCAGAACAUCAUGACCUUCAACAAGUGCUCCAUCAAUGGACACUCUUAUGGUGAGGUAACAGUCCCAAUGGGAAUACAGCCAACGAGGCUGAACUUCACUCCCCUGAACCCGCUGGCAGAUCCCAACUUUUGCUUCUAUGACGAGAAGCUGCUGGAGUCGGUCAAAGUGGGGGACUUGGACACGCACGAGUUUUUCCGUCUGCUCUCCCUGUGUCACACCGUUAUGAGUGAGGAGAAGAGUGAAGGGGAGCUGGUUUAUAAGGCUCAGUCUCCGGAUGAGGGGGCUCUGGUGACAGCAGCUCGAAACUUUGGCUUUGUGUUUUGCUCUCGAACACCUGGUACCAUCACCACCACAGAGAUGGGCCAAACGGUCACCUACUCACUGCUGGCCAUACUGGAUUUCAACAACAUACGCAAGAGGAUGUCGGUUAUAGUGCGUAACCCAGAGGGCCGGAUCCGUCUGUACUGCAAAGGAGCCGACACUGUGCUGUUUGAGAGGCUCCAACCCUGCAACCAAGAACUGAUCACCAUCACCUCCGACCACCUGAAUGAGUACGCAGCAGACGGGUUGCGGACGCUUGCUCUGGCCUAUAGGGACCUCUCAGAGGAGGAGUGGGAGGCUUGGUCAGAGAGCCACCGCAUGGCCGACAAGGCCACAGACUGCAGGGAGGACAGGCUGGCAGCAGCUUAUGACAAGAUAGAGCAAGACAUGCUGCUCUUAGGUGCCACUGCUAUAGAAGAUAAGCUGCAGGAAGGUGUCCCAGAAACCAUUGCUCUCCUCUCGCUGGCCAACAUUAAGAUCUGGGUUCUUACUGGAGAUAAGCAGGAGACAGCUGUCAACAUUGGGUAUUCGUGCAAGAUGUUAACAGAUGAUAUGACUGAGGUGUUUAUCAUCAACGGACACACCGUUCAGAGUGUUCGUCAAGAACUCAGGAGAGCGAGGGAACGCAUGAUUGAGCUGUCACGGGCCAGGGAAGAAGGGAAAGUGGUGGAGGGAUGGGCAGAGGCCUGCUUCAUGAGUAAUGGAUGCAAGGAAGGACAAGCAGGAGACGGGACAGCAGAUGCAGGAGGAGAAGGAGCGAGGAAACCCUCUCAGUGUCCUCCCAUUGCCCCCGUUUCCUCAAACCUCAUGGACAGCGUCUCUGGAGAGUUUGCCCUCGUAAUCAGUGGUCACAGUCUGGCUCACGCUCUGGAAGCUGACAUGGAGGAAGAGUUCCUGUCGACGGCUUGUGCGUGCAAAGCGGUGAUCUGCUGCAGGGUGACGCCGCUGCAGAAAGCCCAGGUGGUGGAGCUGAUCAAGAAGCACAAGAAGGCCGUCACUCUGGCUGUAGGAGACGGCGCUAACGAUGUCAGCAUGAUCAAAAGUGCUCACAUCGGCGUCGGGAUCUCCGGGCAGGAGGGGAUCCAGGCCGUUCUGGCCAGCGACUACUCCUUCGCCCAGUUCCGCUUCCUCCAGCGCCUCCUGCUGGUCCACGGCCGCUGGUCCUACCUGCGCAUGUGCCGCUUCCUCUGCUACUUCUUCUACAAGAACUUUGCCUUCACCAUGGUGCACUUCUGGUUUGGCUUCUUUUGUGGAUUCUCUGCCCAGACGGUGUACGAUCAGUACUUCAUCACACUGUACAACAUUGUGUACACCUCCCUCCCUGUGCUGGCUAUGGGGAUGUUUGACCAGGAUGUUCCAGAUCAGAGGAGUCUGGAAUAUCCCAAGCUGUACGAGCCUGGGCAGCUCAACCUCCUCUUCAACAAAAGAGAGUUCUUCAUCUGCAUCGCUCAGGGCAUCUACACCUCAGUGGUGCUGUUCUUUGUUCCAUACGCCGUGCUGUUAGAUGCCACUCAGAGCAACGGAGUGCCGCUGGCAGACUACCAGAGCUUUGCGGUCACAACAGCAACAGCCCUGGUUAUAGUGGUCAGUGUGCAGAUCGCUCUGGACACAGGCUUCUGGACGGUCUUCAACCAUGUGUUUGUGUGGGGCUCCCUGGGGGCCUUCUUCACCAUCAUGUUUGCGCUGCACAGCCAGACCCUCUUCAGAAACCUUCCUAACCAGUUCCACUUCGUAGGCAGUGCCCAGAACACACUGUUGUCACCAGUUGUGUGGCUGACUAUUGCGUUGGCUACUGCAAUAUGCAUAGUUCCAGUUUUGGCAUUCCGCUUCCUCAAGCUGGACCUCAAGCCUCAACUCUCGGACACGGUGCGUUACACUCAGUUGGUGCGUCAAAAAAGACGUAAACCAGCAGGUCGCAGCAUGGGAGGUGUCUGGCGUGGCGCCGGCAGUGUGUCAGAGGGUCGGCUGGGAGCCCGCGGUGGCUCCAGGAGGUCAGGCUACGCCUUCGCUCACCAGGAAGGCUUUGGAGAGCUGAUCACAUCAGGGAAAAACAUGAGGCUGUCCUCUCUGGGCCUGGCCUCCUUCGCCUCCAGACACAGCACCAGCUGGAUCGACACGCUGCGCCGGAAGAAGAAUAACCACACGCCUCCUGGCACCUCAGGGGAGUGCAGCCCGGCGCCCAGCACCGUCUCUGGGUCGGUUCCCCCACUAUCCAACUCCUCUUCUGUCCUCGGGGGCUCUCAAGAAACUCCCAUCGAGGAGGAAGCGGUCACAGCCCCAGCUCAGAAUUCAGACUCUGACCUUGCGUCGGGAAAACAGACGUCUGCAGUCUCAGAUGCAGCUACUCCUCAGGGUUCAGCUCAGGCAGCUGGGACCUCCACCUCCACAAGAGGGAAACCCCACGCGAAGGACUCACCGGGAGGCUGGACGCACUCUCUAGGGACUGUUCAGGAAAGCCUCUUUGGCUGGACGGGGAUCACAACUCGGGCCAGAGCAUCCAACAGAGCAGACUCCGUCGCCGGGGAAACGAGCCAUGUUGUCUAAAUGGAGGAUUCCCGUUUGUCUUCUGUCUACCAGAUGUUUGGACUCAUAUACAAACCUCUUUGCACGCUUCUCUGGAGCGAGCAGUUAAUUUUAUCUGCCCAGUGUCCUCGUCCUAUUAUUACAACAGAAAGGAGGAGGGAAGUGGCGCAUUGUGAGGACACGGACCGUCUCUGUCUAUAACAGACUACACUGUGGGUUUAUUGAACUUCCUGAUUUACAAGCGAGCUAGAUGGUGACUGAUGGCUGUAGCAGAGAUUUGCAAUAUUGAAGUGGACUCACGUGUCUCUGCUGGAUUUCACGAGCCUUAAACCUCCUCAGUCCGAGAAAGUAUUAACCGACACGAACAGACUGAACUGAAUUUAGAUGUGCAGCUUUAGGUUUUUCAGUCCUUUUCAGAUCACUAAAACACAAGCAUCUGUCAAAAGGGUAGAGUGCUGGCAUCUUUGUUUGUAAAAGUCUUCUCAGUUAAAAAUAAUGUGCUUGUUCGUCAUCGUUCUCAGUGAGAACAGUAUUUUCCUUUAUAAGAAGCAGUUAAAGACUUUUUUUUUUGCUCUUUCAUCUGCUAUUUUCAUCUUUUUUGCAUCAUAUUGAUGUGUGCAUAAGAACCUACAUGAGUUGCACCUUCAGUCAAGCCUUUUAGUGCUUUGAUUUGGAACGUUUUGGUCUAUGAAAGGCCAAAAUACGUUUGUGUAACAUAGGAUGAGAAUUGGUGCAAGGAAGAAAAUAAACAGUA